AUGGAGUUCUACUUGGAGAUCGACCCUGUCACCUUGAACCUGAUCAUCUUAGUUGUGAGCUACGUCAUCCUGCUCCUGGUGUUCCUCAUCUCCUGUGUGCUCUAUGACUGCCGAGGCAAGGACCCCAGUAAGGAGUAUGCUCCCGAGGCCACCGCGGACGCCCCGCCCUCCAUACGCCUGGUGAUGAUGCCACAGAGCACUCCUGGGGCCCCCUGGGCCAGGGGGCCUGGCCUUCAUAUGAAAGAUCCUGCCCCACUGGGGAAGAAAAGCACCAUGGUGUGA